AUGUCCAGCAGUACUUCUCAAGCAAUUCUUACAAGCACCUUCUGGAUUAGCAUGGACCAGGGACAAUUUUUGGUUGCUGGGGCUUGUAAUAAGCCUGUUAUCAAAGUCAGCCAGGAUGUCACAGGCGAAGGACAGUACAGUAAGCAACUUAUUGCUGUCUCUGCCAACAUCUACCUGAUUAAAACGAUUCGUUAUGCAGCUGUUACUUGGAAUAAUGGGGAUGAAGUUGCUGUAAUAGGUCAUUGUUAUGGAAUCAAUUUCCCCCACUUUGAAAGUGAAAUGGCAUCUUUUACUGCGCUCACUGGUAUAAAAAGUGAGCUAUAUGACUGUCUAGUACAUGUAUCACAGACAGUCACAGAUUGCCUUGUUCCACAUGUUGAAGAUGCAGAGAUUCAUAACAAGACAUACAAGACUGGCGAUAAAUUAAUAAUCAGCUGUCAUGAAGGAUUCCAGAUCCGUUACCCUGACUUAGACAACAUGGUUUCCAUAUGUCAAGACGAUGGAACAUGGGAUAAUCUACCCAUAUGUCAAGGUUGCCUGAGGCCAUUGGUUCUUCCUCAUAGUUACAUUAACAUAUCUGAGUUCGAGGCCUCCUUCCCCGUAGGAACAGUGGUGUAUUAUCAGUGCUUUCCUGGAUAUAAACUAGAAGGGGCAGAGAUCCUUGAGUGCAUGUAUAACCUUAUCUGGUCAGAUAGCCCACCUAGGUGCCUUGAUGUGGAAGUUUGUCCACUACCUCCAAUGGUGAGUCAUGGAGACUACAUCUGCCACCCGCGGCCUUGCGAGCAUUACAACCACGGGACAGUGGUGGAGUUUUACUGUGAUCCUGGUUACACCCUCACCAAUGACUACAAGUACAUCACUUGCCAGUAUGGAGAAUGGUUCCCCUCCUACCAAGUAUACUGUGUCAAAACAGAUCAAACCUGGCCAAAUACACAGGAAACCCUCCUGACUACAUGGAAAAUAGUGGCGUUUACUGCUACCAGUGUUUUAUUAGUACUGCUACUGGUUAUUUUAGCCAGGAUGUUCCAGACCAAAUUUAAGACACAUUUCCUUCCACGAGGCAACCAGGAGGGCUCCAUGGGUGACCCCGACUUUGUGGUGGUGGAUGGCAUCCCUGUCAUGCUGCCUUCCUACGAUGAAGCUGUAAGCAGCGGCUUAAAUGCUCUGGCACCCGGAUACUCAGCUACCGCAGAUCAGGGGCAUAUUUUGCAGGCAGAAGAUCAGAAUCCUCCUGCUUACCCUGGCCCCAGGAUUACAGACACGCAGCCUAGUGAAUGUGAGGCCUGUGACAGCAGGUCGGGUUCCUCUGAACUGCUCCAAAGUUUGUACCCAUCCCUGACAUGCCAAGCAGCAGUGCUUCCCGGUUCAGAACGAACUGACAUAUCCUAUAGCACUGCUGGGGAGGCUACAGCCACGAGUCUGCGGAUCGAUAUUGCAGAUGAGAUUCCUUUGAUGGAAGAAGACCCUUAGCCUGCACAGAGUCGUGUCUUCAUCGCAUUGCACUGUUGGGUGACAUGAAUUAUGAGGAUUUAGAGAUAGAAAAGACUAUUUAUGGAUUUGGGGAGGGUAUUUUCCUACUUACCAAUCUUUCCCACGAUGAUGUCACCAGAUUGGGUGUACGUCUUUAUCCACCAAGGGGAUAACAUCAGCAGCAUUUGGAACAGCAGCAGUUUUAUGAAUGAAUCCUGGGGAUUUGAUGAGAGCAGAUGUAGAAAAAGGAACUGUGGCUUUUUUAGAAAUGAAAUGUAUAUCUGCAUCGCAGAAAGUCAUAUGGUUCUGUAAGAAAUGCUAUUGGAUUUUGAUACUAACUGCCUCACAAAAGCAUGUCAAAAUAUGUAAAUUUGCUUAUAAAGACUGCUGUAAAUGGUCUAUGGACCUCUAGUUUAUGAAGAAUCCUUUCAAGUGCUGAAACACACACACAAAAAAAAGAGGAAAGAUCCUCUUUCGAUUUCCUAUGAUAACCAGGAAGCUUUUGAUGUAGUUGUUGGUGAUUUUGGUUCAGACCAUGUCUGCAGAAAUUAUAACAGAAGUGAUGGGAUUCGUAUAUACUUGAUGUAUGAUAGCAAAUAUAUAUAAAUAUAU